UGAGCCAUCCCUCCAGCCCUCAGUUAAAGUAUUUUAAAUGAUACAUUUUAUGUUUUAUGUAUAGUAACAUAAUAAAAUGAUUUUUCCCCAGAAAAGGUUAAGUAGCUCACUCAAGAUAAUGUAUCUAGAAAGUGACCAAGCUAGAUUGGAAUUGGACCAGAAACUUGAAAUGGCACUUGAGCUGAUGCUCCGAAUACCUGAGCAGCCACCAAGACAGGCCAUCUGGGCUCUUGUCAUCACUGUCUUGUGUGGCCUUACACAGACUGGUCUUUGGAGAGCUCAUUCUUGUUAGCUAUUAAAUAAUAAGAUUUAAGUGUCUUGGACGGGUUUGACUUGCUGCAACCUGAUGACAUUAUUACUGUCUAUGCAGCACUUUUGACAUAAGAGCAUGCAGGCUCUGAAACCUUGAUCUCAUUGUGAUACCGUUUGCCUCUGGGAUGUUCCGUCACGCAGGAGCCCCAGGGGAAUGAUCUGUUCCUCCUCCGGGAGUUCAUCCUGAAGUUGGGCCAGCCCUUGAGGAGGCCGCCUUCCCUCUCUCUCCCUUUUCUGGGUGAGGACUCAGGCUUGGAUUCAUUCCAGGAUAAACUUUUACCGGCCAAGAGAUAACACAACUUCAAGGUGACAACCAGGGACGUCUUUAAAAGUCCUCCUUCCUCGCUGGAGCUGCUGCAGCUUCUCUGCUCCACGGCUGCCAUCAGCCGACACCGGGCUACCAUGUGGGAACUUGUGGGUCUCUUGAUGCUCAUCCUAGCCUAUUUCUUUUGGCGCAAGUCGAAGACACUUUGCGCCAAGUACCCCAAGAGCCUCCCAUUCCUGCCCGUUGUGGGCAGCCUGCCAUUUCUCCCCAGACAUGGGCAUAUGCAUGUCAAUUUCUUCAAGCUGCAGGAAAGAUAUGGUCCCAUCUAUUCUCUUUAUCUGGGUACCACACCUACUGUGAUCAUCGGCCAGUAUCAGCUGGCCAAGGAAGUGCUCGUUAAGAAAGGAAAAGAAUUCUCCGGUCGGCCACAAAUGGUGACUCUAAGCCUCUUGUCGGACCAAGGAAAAGGCAUCGCCUUUGCCGACUCUAGUGGUGUCUGGCAGCUGCACCGAAAGUUGGCACUCAGCACCUUUGCCCUGUUCAGGGAUGGUGACCAGAAACUGGAGAAGAUCAUCUGCCAGGAAGCCAGCUCACUGUGUGACUUGCUGCUCACCCACAACCAGGAGUCCAUCGAUCUGUCCCAGCCAUUGUUCAUGUCAGUAACCAACAUCAUCUGUGCCAUCUGCUUCAGCAUCUCCUACGAGAACAACGAUCCGAUCCUGACCACCAUUAAGACCUUUACGGAGGGCAUCCUGGACGGCCUGGGUCAUGAUAACCUGGUGGACAUAUUUCCCUGGUUGACGAUUUUUCCCAAUAAAACCUUGGACACGAUAAAGAGUUAUGUUAAAGUUCGAGAUGAAGUACUGUCUAAAAUAUUGGAAAAAUGCAAGGAGAAAUUCAGCAGUGACGCCAUCUCCAGCCUGACAGACAUUCUGAUCCAAGCCAAGAUGAAUGCAGACAAUAACAACAGCAGCGAAGACCAGGCUUCAAAUGCGUUUUCAGACAGGCACAUCCUUUCCACCGUGGCAGACAUCUUUGGGGCCGGGAUAGAGACCACCGUCUCGGUGUUGCGUUGGAUUGUGGCUUUCCUGCUGCACAAUCCUGAGGUGAUGAAGAAGAUCCAAAAAGAGAUUGACCAGAAUAUCGGUUUCAACUGCACACCAACUUUCAAUGACCGAAAUCACCUCCUCAUGCUUGAGGCCACUAUCCGAGAAGUGCUUCGCAUCAGACCAGUGGCCCCCGUACUCAUCCCCCACAAGGCUAACAUUGACUCAAGUGUUGGCGAGUUUACCAUCCCCAAGGACACACACGUGAUCAUCAAUCUGUGGGCGCUGCACCACAGUGAGGAGGAGUGGGACCAGCCAGAUCAGUUCAUGCCUGAGCGUUUCUUAGACCCGACUGGAAGCCAUCUCAUUACACCCUCAUUAAGUUACCUGCCCUUCGGAGCAGGGCCCCGCUCCUGUGUCGGAGAGGUUCUGGCCCGUCAAGAACUCUUCCUCUUCAUGGCCUGCCUGCUGCAGAGGUUUGACCUGGAUGUGCCAGAUGAUGGGCAGUUGCCCAGCCUGGAGGGUGACCCCAAGGUGGUCUUUCUGAUCGACCCCUUCAAAGUGAAGCUCACGGUCCGCCAAGCAUGGAAGGAUGCCCAGGCAGAGGUUAGCACCUGGAGGUCAUAACUAAAGUUUCCUGGUCCCAUGCUGUGCAGCCCACAGCACAGAAUUAGAGGUGCUGCUCCUACCAUCUCCCACAUCCUUCCUGACUCCUGCCCUAUUAUCUAGCCCGCAGCAGUGGAGGAUGAUAUGCCUAAAUUAAAGAUUUUCCAAUAAAA